AUGUAUUCGCAGGUCCGAAAUACGGGGUGAGUUAUAUUAUUUUAGGUAUGAAUUUUUUGCAAUAUCAACUUUUUGAAGAUUUCAAUUAUUUUUGUUACCUAAAAUUUUAAUUUUUUAAGUUUUGUAGUUUAGCUUUGAUGCUUUUAUUGGGUAUAUUAACAUACAACAUCAAUAUUCUCUUUCAGCUACUUCAAGAACAAAACAAUCUUCAUAUCAGGCGGAUCCAGAGGCAUAGGCUUAGCCAUAGCAAAGAAAUUCGCUUCAGAUGGAGCUAAUAUUGUUUUAGCGGCCAAGACUACUACUCCACACCCAAAACUGCCAGGCACAAUAUACACAGCUGCCAAAGAGAUUGAAGAAGCUGGAGGAAGAUGUCUGCCAUGUGUAGUUGACAUACGAUAUGAAGAUCAAGUGAAGAGAGCUGUUGAAGAAGCAGUGGAGACUUUUGGAGGUAUAGACGUGUUGGUCAACAAUGCAUCAGCUAUUAAUGUUGUUGAUACUGAAGUUUGUACUAUGAAGUGGUUCGAUCUAAUGCAUGCUAUUAAUGCUAGAGGCACUUUUAUGUUGUAAGUGGGUUUUGUGUUGGGGAAAGCAGGUUAGGGUAGAAAACGGUGGUUUAUCGAAUAGUAGUGAGCGACAUAGUUAAUAUUAUUUUUUUAGGUAUCAGACCUUAAAAAUAUAGCAGUAUCUUGUUCAUAAUACAUAUUACCUAAAUUAAUAUUUUCUUCACAUUUUCAGAUCAAAAUACUGUCUCCCCCACCUAAAAAAGUCCUCCAACCCUCACAUUCUCAACCUCAGCCCACCUCUCAAUAUGGAUCCAAUUUGGUUUGAACAAGCUGUCGCCUACACUAUGGCCAAGUACGGAAUGAGUAUGUGUGUAUUGGGAAUGGCUUCAGAAUUUAAAAAGUACGGUGUAGCUGUUAAUGCUUUAUGGCCAAGGACUUUGAUCUGGACAGCAGCUGUAUCCAACUUGUUGGCAUUGGAUAAUGAUGACAUUCGGAUGAGUAGAAGGUCCGAGAUCAUAAGUGAUGCUGCGUAUGUCAUGUUGAUGAAGGAUGCGAAGAAACAUACUGGAAACUUUCGAGUUGAUGAUGACGUGCUGAGAGAGUACGGAGUGUCGGACUUUCGAAGCUAUGCUUAUGAUCCAGGUAAGAGAAAAGGACUGUAGAAUAGGAUAGGCAGGGGAGGAUAGGGUGGGGCGUAAUAGGGUAGAGCAAGAUAAGGGUUGUGUUAUAUAAUAGUAAAUUAAAAAUAAAAACUUAUGUUGGAGUAGAUGUACGUUGAAAAACAAAAAGAUUAUGUUAUUUCAGACUAUAAGUACUAUUAGGUUGUUCAAAUAAUUCUGAGCUUCAGAACUUUGCAAAUUUGCCUUGAGUGGUGGCUCAAAAUUAUUUGAACAACCUAAUAUAAAAGUCUUGUCGUCAAUUUAAAUUGUUUUGUAAGGAAAAAAAGCGACAAGACUUUUAUGACACGAAUUGUAGUAUUAAGUAAGGUAAUAUAUAGUUAAAGUUUUGUAGUUUUUGUAUCAACCCAAUCAAUAGUUUGUUUUAGUUUUACUUUUUCUUCAAUCUUAUAUUCAGACAACAUGUUUCUAAUUAGAUUAACCUUGUUUCAAGUCAUUUCAUAGUAACUUAUACAAAAAGAGUGUAAACAAUUGCAGACCACGAACUCAUGCUCGACGGUUUUCUACCAGGAACAGUACCGGGAACUAAAGCCAAACUAUAG